AUGGACCACAUUUUGCACUCGUCUGCCAACGACUCGUCAGACCGCAAGAGCCACGAAAAGCCCAAGGAAGUCCCCGCGCAGCAGGACAUCAUGUUCGACAACACGGCCGUGGGCGAGGUCGCUGAGCUCGACGAGCGCACCCGCGCCGACCUUGAGAAGCAAAAGGCCGCCGAGGGCAACGCCCACUUCCACCGUCUCGGCUGGAAGCGUCUCACCGUCGUGUUGAUCGUCGAGGCCAUCGCCCUCGGCUGUCUCAGUCUCCCCUCCGCUUUUGCGACCCUGGGCAUGGUUGCCGGUACCAUCCUCUGCGUUGGUCUCGGUCUCGUUGCCAUUUACACCAGUUACGUCGUUGGUCAGGUCAAGCUGGCCUACCCCCACGUCUCCCACUAUGCUGAUGCCGGUCAACUCAUGAUGGGCAAGUUCGGUUACGAGCUGGUCGGUGUCAUGUUCUCCCUGCAACUCAUCUUCCUCGUCGGAUCCCACUGCUUGACCGGUACCAUUGCCUUCCUGAACCUCACUGACAACGGCGCUUGCUCCGUCGUCUUCGGUGUCGUCUCUGCCAUCAUCCUCCUCAUCAUCGCCAUCCCGCCCUCGUUCGCCGAAGUCGCCAUUCUCGGCUACAUCGACUUCGUCUCCAUUGCCCUGGCUGUCGGCAUCACCAUAAUCGCCACUGGUAUCAAGGCUGGAGAUGCCCCCGGCGGUCUCUCUUCCGUCGACUGGUCCGCCUGGCCCAAGGAUAACCUCACCUUCACCGAGGCCUUCAUCGCCAUCACCAACAUCGUCUUCGCCUACUCCUUCGCCGUUUGCCAGUUCUCCUUCAUGGACGAGAUGCACACUCCUCAGGACUUUGUCAAGUCUAUCUGGGCCCUCGGACUCAUUGAGAUUGCCAUCUACACCCUGACCGGCGCUCUCAUCUAUGCUUUUGUCGGCUCCGAAGUCAAGUCCCCCGCUCUCCUCUCGGCUGGUGAUCUCAUCUCCAAGGUCGCUUUCGGUAUCGCCCUUCCCGUCAUCUUCAUCUCGGGAUCCAUCAACACCACCGUCGUUAGCCGUUACCUUCACGCCCGUAUGUUCAAGGACUCCAUCAUCCGCUACAUCAACACCAAGAUGGGAUGGAUCACCUGGUUGGCUCUGAUCACCGUCAUCACCGUCAUUGCCUUUAUCAUCGCCGAGUCCAUCCCCUUCUUCAGCGACCUUCUCUCUAUCUCUUCGUCUCUCUUCAUCUCCGGAUUUACCUUUUACUUCCCCGCAAUCAUGUGGUUUAUGCUCAUCCGCAAGGGCCCCUGGUACUCCAAGGAGAACCUGCCCUUGGCCAUUGCCAACGCCCUGAUCUUCAUCAUUGGAAUGAUCGUCCUUGUCGGCGGCACCUACGCCAGUAUCGAUGAUAUUAUCAUGCAGUUCCGCGAUGGUACUGUGCGCGGUGUCUUCACCUGCGAGCCCAUUGCUUAA